AUGGAUGAAGAUGUGCAGGAGCUUAGGGAGCUUGUAGCCCAAUUGAGGGCCGAUAACGAAAGACUUAGACAAGAACAGGCCCCUGUUACCCCAGGUCCCAAGGGGGAGGCACGGGAUGAGAUUCGGUACCGUUCUGAUGCAGAACGUGGAGAUCCAGACAAGAUAAUUCAGGUUUUGAGAGAGUUGUAUGGGUGCUCUUUGUCUUAUGUAGCUCUGCAGCAGGCCUUUUUCUCUAGGGGGCAGCAGGAGGGGGAGACCCUAUUGGAAUUCUCCCUCGCCCUGAUGGGCCUCCUAGAGAAAGUGAAGCAGCAGGCGCCCCAUGCCAUACCAAAUGCAGAAGUUUUGUUACGUGAUCAGUUUGUCGAGCAUGUUCUUGAUAUUAGUCUUCGUCGCGAGCUUAAACAGUUAGUCCGUCGUCAGCCUACUUCUACACUUUUGGAGGUUCGCAGUGAGGCCAUUCGGUGGGAACGGGAGGGAAUGCCCGGGGGUGCAAGGGGGCGUAGUCAAUCUGUUCCAUUGGCUUAUGGGAUUCAAUAUGCCGUGCAGAGUGAGUCACGGGUAGGUGUGGCCAGCUCUCCUUCCAAAUCUGAGUUAGCUGAAUUGAGGGAGAUGUUAAAGCUACAGCAGGAGCAGCUACAUCAGCUUACCCAAGGUUUUGCUCGUUUACAAGCCCCUCAUUCACGUAGUCGAUCCCCACGUUAUGGCCCUGCAGCCUCGUCCUACACAGCCGUCGGAAAACUAGCCCCCACCGAGCUGCAGAGCCACAGCUCGGUUGGGGAGCCUUUCGGCUCAGAUAUCGUACGCAGCCCUAGUUCAGUAUCUCGUUUAGUGUCAGCUUGUCCUCAUCUUAAUGUUCUGAUUGGGGGGGUCAAAGUGCCCUGCUUGAUAGACACUGGGUCUAUGGUGUCUACCAUUACUGAGAGCUGGUUCCUUGAACAUUUUGAAUCAUGGGGGCAGGAGCGACUUAAGUCUUGUCAGUGGUUGCGAUUAACUGCUGCUAAUGGUCUCGCGAUUCCCUAUAUUGGUUACAUGGAACUCGAUGUGGAGCUCUGUGGCAAAUUGGUGUCAAAUUGCGGGGUGCUUGUUGUCCGGGAUGUUCCUGAUAGGGCGGCUGUACAUGCCCCUGGUGUUUUAGGGAUGAAUGUCCUUAGUCGUUGCUACCAGGAACUUACCGGGCAGCAUGGGGCGGCUCUUUUUGAUUCACCUGCUGUGUUGCAGGCGCCUAGUUUUGUUAUACAGGCAUUACAGCAUUGUCGUCAAGUUAACACCCAGUCCUCUGUUGAUCGCGUGGGUCAGGUGCGGGUGCGGGGGCGUGGGGUUUGUCGGGUUGCUGGUGGAACAAUGAAGCUCGUAGCAGCCACUUGUUCAGAAAGCUACUCUGGUGGUACAUUAUUGUUUGAACCCCCUGAAUCAGGCUUACCUGCAGGCUUAUUGGCUUCCCCUGCACUCGUUCAAGUGACCCGGGGCACUGUGUAUAUACCAGUGGUGAAUGUAGGUACUACUGAUGUUGUACUGUAUCCUAAGGCAUCAUUAGGCACCCUAAAUAGUGUGUUUAUCAUCAGCUUGCCAGAAGGUAUUUCUGAAGGGAGAUCAAUGACAGCUACUGUUAGUUCACAGGCUUCUUCGACAGGUUCUACAGUGCAGGAGCAGAUUAGUGCUAUCGAUCUGUCCGUUCUGUCGGGGGAAGAUCAAUCUCGGGUUCGGGCCCUGCUUCAGACGUACCAGUUUGUGUUUGCAGCUCAUGAUGCAGAUUUGGGGUGUACUACUCUCCUGUCACAUGAUAUUCCCCUCCUAGAUAAUGCCCCUGUCCGACAACGUUAUCGGCGGAUACCUCCUUCAGAGUAUGAGGUGGUAAAGGCGCAUAUUAAUCAACUGCUGGAGGCACAAGUAAUCAGGGAGAGUUGCAGUCCUUAUGCCUCUCCCAUUGUUUUGGUUAAGAAGAAAGAUGGUAGUCUACGAAUGUGUGUAGACUAUCGUCAAUUGAAUUCUAAAACUAGAAAGGACGCUUUCCCUUUGCCUCGCAUCGAUGAGUCAUUGGAUGCCUUGGCAGGGGCCCGCUGGUUCUCCACUAUGGAUUUGGCCAGUGGGUACAAUCAGGUCCCUGUCACAGAGGUUGACCGGCCCAAGACUGCUUUUUGUACCCCUUUUGGCUUAUUCGAGUGGAAUCGAAUGCCGUUUGGACUUUGUAACGCUCCUAGUACCUUUCAGCGGUUGAUGGAGAGGUUGUUUGGUGACCAACAAUGUCAGUCUUUACUCCUGUAUUUAGAUGACAUUGUGGUGUUUUCUUCCUCAGUGGACCAACAUUUGGAGCGGUUGGAAAUGGUCUUGAGCCGGCUAGGUAAUCAGGGCCUUAAGGCGAAGUUAGGAAAGUGUGCAUUCUUUCAACCUGAGGUAAAAUAUUUGGGACAUGUGGUGUCAUCUCAUGGGGUUGCAACAGACCCAAGUAAGAUUGAGGUAGUGGCGCAGUGGCGGACCCCAACUAGUGUUUCAGAGGUGCGGUCUUUUCUUGGCUUUGCCAGUUACUACCGCCGGUUUGUAGAGGGGUUUGCUAAGAUGGCAGCCCCUCUGCAUAAGCUGGUGGUUGAGUUGGCAGGUAAUAGAUCUAGGAAACGAGGGGAGCAGUGUUUUGUUAGUGCCUGGACUGAAUCUUGCCAGCGUAGUUUUGAGGCAUUAAAAGGUAAAUUGACCACUGCCCCUGUUCUUGCCUAUGCCGAUUUUUCCCUGCCUUUUGUUUUGGAGGUGGACGCCAGCUAUAGUGGGUUAGGGGCAGUUCUUUCCCAAGAACAAGGAGGUAAGGUGCGGCCUAUCGCCUAUGCUAGCCGCAGUCUUAGGCCCACUGAGCGCAAUAUGUCUAACUAUAGCUCGAUGAAAUUAGAGUUCUUGGCGCUCAAGUGGGCCAUGACUGAGAAAUUUCGGGAGUAUUCGCUGGGACAUAAAUGCGUGGUCUUUACCGACAACAACCCUCUUAGCCACUUGAAGACAGCAAAACUUGGGGCAACCGAGCAGCGCUGGGCAGCGCAACUUGCUGCUUUUGAUUUUGAGGUGAAAUAUCGCUCAGGCAGAAGUAACAAAAAUGCAGAUGCCCUGUCGAGGCAGCACCCAACGGACCAUAGUGUGGUGGAAAGUUUACUUCCAGGUACUGAAAUUCCCCUCUCUGUUAAGCAAACUGGGGGUGUCGAGUCCAUCUUUCAAGCGACGCAAGCAGUGGUUACUGUUUUGCCGAGUCACUCUGCAGUGGACUUGGGUACACUGCAAACAGCAGACCCAGUUAUUGAGGAGGUUUGGUCAUGUUGGAAGAAAAAGUCAUACCCUGGAGUGGAGAAACGUAGACGGUUGUCUAAGGCCAGUUUAAUCUUGCUCCGCCAGUGGGAUCGCUUGGUAGAGAGGGAUGGGUUGCUCUACCGCCGUGUGUUCCGCCCUGAUGGGGGGGAGGAGGUCCUCCAGUUGGUUUUGCCUGCUGUUUUAAAAUCUGAGGUUCUGACACAGCUUCAUCAGGAGCAUGGGCAUCAGGGUAUUGAGCGCACCACGGAGCUGGUACGCCAGCGAUGUUACUGGCCAGGUAUGUCCAAUGAGAUAAUGCAGUGGUGCCAGGAGUGCGAAAGGUGUCAGUCCGCUAAAACCGUACAGCCCAGGGCACGGAGUUUUAUGGGCCAUUUAAUGGCCUCAAGGCCAAAUGAAAUACUGGCAAUUGAUUUUACUGUGCUUGAGCCUUCUCGUGCAGGGUUAGAAAAUAUCCUGGUCAUGACCGAUGUUUUUACCAAAUAUACUCUGGCUAUUCCUACUCAGGACCAACGGGCUGAGACAGUGGCCCAGGUGCUUGUUGUGGAGUGGUUUUAUAAGUUUGGGGUCCCUGGUCGGAUUCAUUCCGAUCAGGGUCGCAAUUUUGAGUCCUCCCUUAUUCGGCAGCUCUGUAACCUGUACAAGGUUGAAAAGUCUCGCACUACUCCGUAUCAUCCCGCCGGCAAUGGCCAGUGUGAGCGUUUUAAUAGAACUCUGCAUAACCUCCUCCGCACUUUGCCUGUGACUAGGAAAAGGGACUGGGUGUCCUGCCUCCCUCAGGUGCUCUUCUUUUAUAACACCACUCCACAUCAAGCGACUGGGGAGUCUCCACAUUUUUUAAUGUUUGGACAAGAACCACGGCUCCCAGUCGACUUUCUGUUGGGUAGAGUACAGGAGCCUGUGUUGGGUUAUACCCAUGAGUGGGUUCUGGAACAUCAAAGGAGGCUCCAUGUCGCGUUUGAGGGUGCACGUGAGAGGUUGAAGACUGUUGCAGAACGACGCAAGUUCCAUCAUGAUCAGCACAUUCGGUCUACACCACUGACGGAGGGGCAGUUGGUUUACCUUCGGGAGCUGGGCACGAGGGGUCGCCAUAAGAUCCAGGAUCUGUGGAGCCCCGUGGUGUACCAAGUGCUGAAGGCUCCUAAAGAGGGUGGUGCUGUUUAUACGAUUGCUCCAGUUGAUGAACUGAGUAAAGUAAAGCAUGUACAUCGCUCCCUGUUAAAAACCAGGAUCCGUAGGGAUGCUCCAGUCCAUGCUCCCCCCGAUGACCUCCCGCCUGAAGAAGUGUUGCCCUUGGACGAGGAUGAGACAGCUGACGGGGAGGUGUGGGUGGUAGUGCCCGAAACCCUCCAAGUUCCGCCUAGAUCUGUUCCCAGAGAUUUAGUCCCUGUUUUGCCGGUCUCUCAGGUUGCAUGCAUACCUUCCAGCACAGGGUCUAGGGCCUCAGAAGCCCCGAGUCAGUCAUGUUCAGUAGGGACCAGACUUCCAUCUGGGUCAGUGUCCCCGACUCGGUCCGAUGGUAAUGGGACAGCACUGCGAAGGACCAGGAGAGCUACAGCGGGCCAGCACUCCAAUGUUCAUCAUCUCCCACGAGCAGCAGGGGAAUAUGUGGUUUAUCGCCGGGACGACGAUACAAAGUAG